CCGGCUCGCAGUCGCUCAGCCGCCGCCUCCCUGCUCGCACAUCGCCGCCUCUGCCUGCAGAUGGCGUUUUCACCGAUGUAGCUACUCGCAUGUCCAAUUUAAUUCCAGUUCGAGAAUCCCCUUCACGAAGGUGGUGCUCUAAGGAAUUUUCUUCUUCUUCCACCUUGGGGAUAAAUAUGUUGCUGCUUUUGGUGGUGUUAAUCGUGGUGGUGGUGCUAGUCCUGGAAGCGGUAAAGACGACCAACGAGGUCAGCCAGCCAAUUCGCUGGAUGGAUUAUCACCAACAAUCUCAGGAGAGGGCUCCAGCCGGCACGACGCCGUACGAACGAUUGGUUCGAGCCCAACAACAGGACCAUAAAUGGCAGUCGGAGGUGAGCCUGGGGAAGCGCAUAGGCUUCUACCGCAUCCGCGGGGACCUGGGAAGCGGAAACUUCUCCCAGGUCAAGAUGGCCGUGCAUCAACUCACCAGAGAACGAGUUGCUAUCAAGAUACUGGACAAAUCUAAACUGGAUCAAAAGACAAGGAAAAUGCUUGCACAUGAGAUCACCACAAUGGAGGCCAUUCAUCACCCGAAUGUCAUCCGGCUGUACGAGGUUGUGGAGACGUACAGCCGGCUGCACCUGGUGAUGGAGUACGCCGGUGGAGGUGAACUCUUCAACAAAAUCACCAGUGCAGGCCGCAUCCCGGAAGAGGAGGCCAGUCCACUAUACGCCCAGAUCGUCGCAGCAGUCGCCUUUAUGCAUGAUAAUAACUUUAUUCAUCGAGAUAUCAAAGCGGAAAACGUGUUCUUCUCAUCACCAGGAGUUGUAAAAUUGGGGGAUUUCGGCUUCAGCACGCAGCUUACUGCAGGCCGAGAGCAGCAGCUGACGACUUUUUGCGGAUCACCACCAUACGCGGCGCCGGAGCUGUUCCGCGAUGAGUCGUACUUGGGCGCGCCCGUCGAUACAUGGGCGCUCGGCGUGCUGCUGUUCUUCAUGGUGACGGGGCAGAUGCCUUUCAAGGCGAACACCGUCGCUGCACUCAAGAAGCAGAUACUCAUCUGUAACUACAGCAUGCCGCCAUUCGUCUCACCAGCCUGCAAGCAGCUCAUAGCGGGCAUCCUGCAGCUGGAGCCGACGUCCCGCCUCUCGCUGCAGAGCGUCAGCGAGUCGGAGUUCCUACGCGGCGUGCGCAUGCCCCGAUCGGCAGAGGUCGCCGCAGCCGCGGCCUCCGGCGACUGGGACACCGGCAGCGACCACGAGCUGCAGGCGCUGGAGAAGCUGGAGGAACUGGGCAUCUCGCGAGACCUGCUGGACGAGCACCGCGACCGCGGGAGCAAGAGCGCCGUCGUGGGCACCUACCGAAUCUUGCUGCACCGCCUGGAGCGGCGGGCCGCCUCCGCGCCGCCCGACGCGCAGUCGCUCGCCGCCGACGACGCGGAGGACGGCGCCGCCGGCUCCAGCGGGGGCGGCGUGGGCGCGCUCGCCGCCAGGCUGCGCUCCGGGGGCUUACGCGCGCGCACGCGCAAGUCUGCCCGCAGCGGCACCAGUCAGUCCCGCGCCUGUGCGCUCCUCUGAGCGGCGUUCCGCUCUUCGUUUCUUGUACGAAAUUGAGAAACAGAAAUAUGAAUAUUUUUGCAUAUUAAAUGUUGAAUGUUGACAACAGAAUUCCUCCGAGAAAUACAAUAAAGUGACACUAGCUACUCAAAAAUAUAGUGCAAUAACACCUGCUAGAAGCAUACCACAUUCAUAUGCAUUCUGAAAGUUGAAGUCUUGUCGAUGGAACCACUUCCUACUGUCAAUUCCAUGCUGUUCUCAUAUUUUCUUCUCCAUGUUUUCCAAAUACUUCUUCCUAGGCCAUCCUUUUUCCUUCUGUAACAACAUUGUCCCUUGAAAAAUACCGAGCGAGGUGGCGCAGUGGUUAGGCACUCGACUCGCAUUCGGGAGGACGACGGUUCAAUCCCGCGUCCGGCCAUCCUGAUUUAGGUUUUCCGUGAUUUCCCUAAAUCACUCCAGGCAAAUGCCGGGAUGGUUCCUGUGAAAGGGCACGGCCGACUUCCUUCCCCAUCCUUCCCUAAUCCGAUGAGACCGAUGACCACGCUGUCUGGUC